AUGACCAUUUUUUCAUGUUUUGAGGAGCCUCUCGAUAGCAUGUCGGCAGCAGACGUCUACCACCGCAGACAACUCGAUCCGAUACAGGGAGUCCAGCAUCUGGCCGUCGCCGGCGAUGUCGACCGUUCGCGGGACGGCGAGUCUCGCUUCGCAGAAAUCCUCGCUAUGCUCAUCGUCGGCUCGGUCCUGUCGACGGCGGCCGUGGCUCUACGGGCUUUCACGAGGAUGAGGAUGCUCCGCACGUUCGGCCUGGAUGACACCGUCAUGGUGGUGGCACAGAUUCUGGUGAUCGGAGCUGCGGUCGCCAUUGGGCUUGAAACUCGAUAUGGGCUCGGCAAACAUUCAUGGGUCCAGCCGCCGGAGGACUACAUCCCGUAUAUGAAGUCCUUCUACGCCUCGAUCGUACUGUACAACAUCGCCACGACCGUUGUCAAGCUCUCCAUCCUCUUGCAGUACCGCCGGAUCUUUUCCAGUGACUGGAUGCAGAGGCUGACGACGUGGGGCCUCGCCUUCAUGUCCGCCUGGACAGUCAUGCUCUGCUUCCUGCUCCCGCUCAUGUGCGUGCCCGUGGCGGCUUUCUGGGACGAGUCGGUCGAGGGCCGCUGCAUCGACCUCCUCACCAGCUGGUACGUCAUGGCCGGAGUCAACCUCGUGGCCGACUUCGUCAUGUUCAGCAUGCCGAUCCCCGUCAUCAACUCGCUCCAGCUGCCCCGGCGACAGAAGCGGAUGCUGUUCUUUGUCUUUGGUCUCGGAUUCCUCACAUGCAUCAUCUCCGUCUACCGGCUACAAACGCUCCGCGUCGCAGCUCACACCGAGGACCCUUACUGGGACAACGUCGACGCCGCCACGUGGUCGUUCCUCGAGGUCACCAUCGGCAUCCUGGCGGCCUGCCUGCCGACGCUGCGCCCGAUCUUUGUGACGCUUCUGCCGCGCCUUUUCAACGGGUCGUCGUUCCACGCCAAGAGCGGCAGCGGGAGACCCUCACGAUACGGUAUCAAUAACAAUAACAACAACGAUCACAACAACCCCUACGGUAGCCGCUACGGCCACGCCAGCGAGGGGAACACGAUGGUCGGUAUCAUGAGCGCGCUGGGACGGCACCGGCCGCCGAGCAGCACGGAGGGGCUGAACCGCCAGGCGGGCGGGGACGAGGUGGAACUCUCGGGGCCCGAGACGGAGAGGUCGGUUGAGUAUACGGUCAGUGUCAGCACCGGGGCCUCUGACAAGUUGUCUCGCGCGACGAGUCCAAGGGGCAGCGAGGACGACGAGGAGGCUGUCGGGGGGCAUAUCCGGACGACGACGGUGGUUACACAACAGGUCACUUUCGGGGGUGCGAAACGGGGGGGCAACGCAGGUAUAGAAUAA